UUAAAAGGGAUAUGAUGAUACUUGAUGAGAUUGGCAAGCAAUUUCUAGCGGUAGAUGUGUUUGCAAUAUCGUUGAAAUAUUUGCAUUGUUGAGGAUAUGAUGAAAAUUGUUAACAAGCGACUAGUCGGCAAAUUGAACCCCACUGAUAUCGGACGGGUAAUAACAGUUCCUACAAUAUGGUCGGAUGCAUCAAAGCAGUUUAUUAGGGAGGCAGCGAUAAAAACUGGCAUUGACAAUGACCAGCUUAGAAUUGCUCUGGAACCCGAAGCUGCUUCAAUAUAUUGCCGCCAUUCACCAGUAGAUGCAUCGACAAGUGAGACUGAACUAGCAAUAUCAAAUCUUCCCAUUGGUACCAAAUAUAUGGUUUUAGACACAGGAGGUGGCACAAUCGAUAUAACAGUACACGAGGUACAAUAAUCUAACACGCUAAGGGAAGUCAGAGCAGCGAAUGGUGGUGCUUGGGGUGGAACUAUGGUGAACAAAGCAUUUGAGGAUUUCUUAAAGGAAAUUGUUGGUGAUACAGUAUUCGAGUCUUUCAAAAUGAAAGAAACUGAAGAUUGGCUUUAUAUGGCACUUCAAUUUGAAUCAAAGAAAAGAGAGAUCGAAAUCAAAUCACCGAGGUAUAUCACCUUACGUUUACCCUUUUCUCUGAUUGAUUUAUGUGAAAAGGUAAAUGGAAUCCAGAUUCAGGAUGCAGUUGCUGCCUCAAAGUAUGCUGAAAUAAUAGAGAUAGUCGGUGAUAAACUUAAACUCUCAAAAGUUUUUUUUUUCUAUAUGUUUGGACAAACAUUACAAAGAACAGUUGAUCAUGUAAAGUCUUUAUUUAGAGAAAAAAACAUAAAAGAAGUUGGUAUCAUUCUUAUGAUUGGUGGGUUUUCAGAAUCGAGAUUGCUGCAACAAGCUUUAAAAGAAGCAUUCCCGAAUAAAGAAAUUGUCGUUCCAUUAAACCCUUCAUCGUGUGUACUUAGAGGUGCCUUAAUAUAUGGCCAUACACCUUUGACGAUUAAUAGCAGAAUUCUUAAGUAUACAUACGGCACAGAAUCAAAUACAAAAUUUAAAGAAGGUUAUCUCCCAGAUCAAAAGAAAAUGAAUUCGGAUGCCGGCAUUAGGUGUAAAGAUAUCUUUGCAAUAUUUGUUGGGAAAAAUACCGUAGUUAAAGCAAAAGAUACGUACUUCAAAAAACAAUUUACGACACUUAGAAAGUAUCAAAAAGCAAUGAGUAUAAGAUGUUUCCUAUCAGAGAAGACUAAUCCAAGAUAUGUUAAUGAAGAUGGAUGUUUAAAAAUAGGAAAAAUUAGAAUAAAUCUUGACAAUCCGGACGAAAGUUUAGACCGCACAGUUAGUGUCUAUAUGGUGUUUGGUGAUACAGAAAUCACGGUGGAUGCAGAGGAUGAAAGAACCGGGAAUAAAACAAGAGCAGUUAUUGAUUUUCUAGGAUAAGGCCGAGAUGUAAUUAAAGGAAUGAUUCAUCAAUCGUUUAAACCUAAAGCAAGGAAAAUGUAUAUAUAAGAAUAUGUAUUUGAUUUUAUAGGCUUUCAAAAAAAAGUUUAUUCAUAAAAUUAAAUUUAUUGCAUUUUUUUUGACCUGACAGGCUUAAGUUAUGUACACCGCGAAAACUACGUCUUUUCAUAACUCUAAUUAGUUAAACUUACCUAAAAAUAAUGAUAAACAUAUACUCAAAACUAAAUUAUAGAAUAAUUAUAAUUAAUUAAUUAUAUUAACAUAAAAAUAUAUAUACAGAUAUUUUGCUGUAAUCAAAUAUCUAAUUUCAAUGUAAAUUUCUUUAAGAUAUCGAGUUUUAAUGAAUAACUUUGAAAAUCAAAUGCCAUUUUACAAUAAAUUGGUAAUCCGUUAAAAAUAUUUAAACUUGGAGAUGUUAACUAUUUAAUAAAUUUUAACAUACUAAGGCGUGUAUGAAAAUCUUUGAAAUGAAUUGUAUCCUCGCUGUAGUAAAAGCAUUACACUGAUA